AUGAAUGACUCACUCCUGAACACUGACUCCUUUGUCUGUAUCCGCCAGUCUGAACCAUUAACCUCAACAAACUUCAAACCGGAGACUCAAGGGGAGCUGACCACUGAUCUGCACCCCAACUCAACAUUGGACUGUCAGACAAAAUAUGAGAGACAAGUUACAGAGAAGCUGCAUGGUGACUCUGAAAAAUCACAGAAGAUCCGUGCAGUCCCGAUCCACCGGCGACCUGACCUGCUGGUUCCCUGUGCGGACCUGGUCAACUCCGAGUGGCAGAGGAGCCAGGCCGCCCGGGUUCACUCCCUCCAGAAAUCCUGUCCAGAGUUCCCCAUCUGCUUGGUACUCCUGCAGGGCCACCGAGAGACAGAGCGGCUGGUCGGCCACGCACGCCUCUCCCGGGUGGUAGGUCACAACAGCAGCCUGUUCGUCGAGUCGGUGGUUGUGUCCAGGGCGGAGCGAGGGAAGGGCUAUGGCCGGACUCUGAUGGAAGAGGUUGAGCGCUACGCCAAAAGCAGAGCUUUCAAGCGCCUGUGCCUGACCACCCACGAUAAACAGCACUUCUACGCCCACCUCGGCUAUGUGCUGUCCACGCCGGUGCAGAACGCAGGCGCCAUGACUGCUUUUGUUCCCAUGGAGAUGCUUUUGAGGUUCUCCAGAAUGCCGAGUGAAGAGGCGAACACAAAGAAACAAACGGCAGCAACAAAGAUGGGUCCUCAAUCUGCAGGAGAGCUUGUAGUUCAGACUCUGACUGAAACUCCCUACAGAGACGCCAAAGGAGUUCCCAUCUAUUGGAUGCACAAAGACAUUUGA